AAGUACUGACCACCUAUUUUUCAAUUGUCCAUACACUAAAUUCUUUUGGUCUGAUAUCCAAAAUUGGCUGUCUUUGAAAAUUGAUAAUAUACAUUAAUUUACUUACUUCAGUCUAAUAUAUUUUAAAGAUAACUUGGAUGCAAGUAUUUCAGAUAUCGUUAACCUUGUAAUUAUUUUGGGAAAAUAUCACAUACACUCAUGAGUGAAUAGGAGUGUGGGGGAGGCUGGCCGGCCCAUUGACGGUGAAACGAAACUAACAUAUACUACACUACUUUCGUUUCCACUGCAACGUUUUAAAGGAUGACAGCUGCUGUCUGCUGAAAAGUUCCAGAAGUAAGAAGCGAGCACCUUCCAUCAGUGAUGCAAAAUAUCGCGACUGCGCAAUUCACAAGUUUCGCAGCCAAUAUGACAAAGCCUAAAAAGAGUGGCAUAAUGCAAAUGAAUGUGGCGACAAAUGGCACUGCUCCUGAGGACCGAAAGUCAACUUCUGAUAACUCUAGAAGCUGCAUGUCUCUGGACCAGCACUAUGAGGAGAAGGUGCGUCCCUGCAUUGACCUCAUCGAUUCUCUGCGCUCACUGGGGGUAGAGGAAGACCUGGCUCUGCCUGCCAUCGCUGUGAUCGGGGACCAGAGCUCUGGGAAGAGCUCCGUACUGGAGGCCCUGUCUGGGGUGGCACUGCCCAGGGGGAACGGAAUUGUGACCCGCUGCCCUCUGAUUCUGAAACUGAAGAAGGUGAAGAGGGACCAACCUUGGGCAGGAGUGCUAACCUAUAAAGUUAACAACAAAGCUUACAAAAGUACCCUCAAGACUCCAGAAGAAGUUGGACAGGUAGUCGCAGAUGUUCAGGUGCUUGUCGCAGGGAAGGGAGAAGGGAUCAGCAAUGAAAUGAUCGCCCUGGAGAUCAAGUCCGCAGAUGUCCCUGAUUUGACUCUCAUUGACCUUCCUGGGAUUGCUAGGGUCGCUGUGGGUAAUCAACCGAAAGAUAUUGGCGAUCAGAUUAAAAGAUUGAUUCGUGACUACAUCAGUAAACAGGAGACCAUCAGUUUAGUGGUGGUGCCAGCAAACAUUGACAUUGCCACAACAGAAGCUCUAAAAAUGGCAAAGGAAGUUGAUCCAAGUGGACAGAGAACUCUGGGUGUCCUGACAAAACCAGACUUGGUGGACAAAGGGGCAGAGGAGAAUGUGGUGCACACAGUCAACAAUUUGGUAGUCACCCUGAAGAAAGGCUACAUGAUGGUUAAGUGCAGGGGUCAGCAGGAUAUCAAUGAUAACCUGACCCUGGAGAAGGCCAUCCAGAAGGAGAAGGCAUUCUUUAAAGACCACCCUCACUUCAGAAAGCUUAUGGAUAAUCAGAAGGCCACCAUCCCCUAUCUGGCAGAAAGGCUCACCAAGGAGCUUGUUGAGCACAUAGCUAAAUCCCUCCCAAAACUGGAGGAACAGAUUGAUAAGAAGCUGGAGCAAACCAAGAGAAAGCUGAAGAACCUGGGAGAUGGAGUGCCUCAGGAUCAGGGGCAGAUGACUAACUUCCUGAUUGAGAAAAUUACCAAGUUCAACAGCCUUCUCUUUGAAGUGGCCCGGGCAGAGGAAGUUGUGGAAGAGGGUAACACCAGGGUGUUUACCAAAAUCCGAUCCGAAUUCAGCAAGUGGAAAACACAGCUUGACAAGAAAGCCAACAAACUUGAUGAACACCUUCGGGAUGAAGUGGAGGAGUUCGCUCAGACCCGCCGAGGGAAGGAAUUGCCUGGAUUUGUCAACUACAAGACCUUUGAGGGAAUUGUGAAGCAACAUAUCCAGGAUAUGGAGGAGCCAGCUGUUCUACUCCUUAAGAAUGUUGCAGAAAUUAUCAGGUGCAAUGUGAACAAGAUAGCCACCUCUCAUUUUGAAGCUUUUCCUAACCUACUGAGGGUUACAAAGGUACAUAUGGAGGAUCUGAGAGAGCAGGAGAACAAGAAUGCAGAGGAGAAACUGCACUGGCAGUUCAGCAUGGAGAAGACGGUGUAUUCCCAAGACUGUCUCUACAGCUACCAGCUGAAUGCUGUCAAACAGAGGGGCACUUCCUUUGUGCUGGCAAUGAAUGCAGACCUCAAGGAGAUGGCACACCAUGUCAGCGCAUAUUUUAAGCUUGCCUCUGACCGACUGGCCAAUCAGGUCCCUCUGAUAAUACAGUAUCACUUGUUGGACCAGUACGUUGGCCGUCUGCAUAUAGCCACAAUGGGGAUUUUAGGAGAAGGCCACGUCAUCACCAGGCUUCUGCAAGAAGACUCAAACAAGUCCCGGGACAGGGAAGCCCUCAUGGGCAGUGUGGAACGGCUUAGGAAGGCCCGCCAGCUCCUUGCCAAGUCUGUGCUCAUCUAGCCAACAGCAGGCACUUAACUAAUGUUUCUGUUAUGUUCCUGAGUUCUGUCUGUUAGUUUAUCAUUGUUAUUCUUGAAAUGUAUUCUUUUUCAUAUUCAUGUCUGGUGUUCUCACUAAUGUUCAUCAAACUAACAAAGUAACAUUUACUAGUUUUGGGUAUUUGUCAUUUAAAUCACGUAACUAACUUACUAACGCAUCUCCAGUUUUAAUUCUGUUCCGUAACUCCGCCUCCCUAUUCUAUCACUUGCUUAGUUUCAGCGAAGUAUUCGCACCUGUCUCUCCGUAUCUCUGCUUCUUCUGAUUCUGUGCAAUUGUCUACUCCCUAGUCCGGAGCCGUUUGUAUUAAAUGUGUCUUUGUGAAUCCAGUCCGCGUUUUCAUUUCCCCCUCGUUAUUGUAUCGUUAUUCUUUCAUGUGUCUAACCUGAUGUUUAUUUGUUAGACCCCCCUCACUCCCAUGCCUCGCCUGGUUUGUCUCAUUCCCCUGUGUAUUUCUACCUGUCUUUUUCAGUUGCACCUUGGUAGUUUGUCUUGUCCUGUUGUUUGAGUCCUGAGCCCUUGUAUCCCUUCCCCCCAGUUCUAGCGUCCUUGUUCCCAUGCCCUUGCCCUUGCGGCAUUCUGUCCAGUUGGUUUUUGGUUUUCUGUUUUUCUUGUGUUUGACCCCUGCCUGAUUUUUGGACUUCUUUUGGAUCAGCUUUUGUUUUUUUGUCUGUGGACUGACCCCCUGGUUUUUGAUCUUUUGCCUGUUUGCGAUUAUGCUCUGUCUGCCCCUUGUCAGUAAACCUGCCAUUUUUCACUUCCUUGUGUCUGCUUCUGGUUCUUUAUGUAGAAUAUAUUUUCAUAGUUGUGUAGAUUUUGUAUAGUAGCAUUCUAUAGUAAUUUUGUACCUCUUUUGAGCAUUCUAUACCAAUAUAUAGAAGCAAAACAUUGCUUCUUUGACUUACUGUUUCUUUAACUUGAAUGUUCAUUAUUAGUUUUUCACCUUAACUGUCCAUUUGAAGGCUGUGUUUCUGACUUUUAAUUGACAGUGAAAAUUGUAACACUCAUACUUUAAUAAAAUGUUCUGUGACAAGUUA